GGCAUCUGGGGUCUUCUUUCCUCCCGCCCCGCUGCGUCUGCUUCCACGCGUCUCUGCUGCCUGCGGACCGCGCAGCCGAGCCGGGGAAGCGGGCAGGUUCGGGCGCGGCGGCUGCGCUCGUCCGGGUUCGUGCACGCUCUUGGCGCCACUGACGGAUCCCACCUUCAGCCCUCGGGAGCAGCUAUGUUAGGCAACUCGGCGCCCAGGCCUGCGGCGCGCGAUGCGGGCUCGGCCCUGCCCUCUCUGCCGCCGGAAGACCAGGAAAAUGUCAACCCUAAGAAGGUGGCGUCUGCCCAGCAGCCGCGGGCGCUGAAGGCUGGGAAUGCGCUGUAUCCCGCGCUGCAGCAGAGGCCCAAGACGCGGCGGGUUGCACCACUUAAGGACCUUCCCAUAAAUGAUGAGCAUGUCACUAGGGCUCCUCCUUUAAAAACAAGCGAUAGACAGCCUAGAUUUACCAUUCAUGUGGAUGAAGCAGAAGAGGAACCUCAAAAGAGACCAACAGAGUCUAAAAAAACAGAGUGUGAAGAUGUCCUGGCCUUUAAUACUGCCGUCGCUUUACCUGGAACCAGAAAACCAUUGGUACCGCUUGAUUAUCCAAUGGAUGGUAGUUUUGAAUCACCACACACUAUGGACAUGUCAAUUGUAUUAGAAGAUGAAAAGCCAGUGAGUGUUAAUGAAGUACCAGACUACCAUGAGGAUAUUCACACAUACCUUAGAGAAAUGGAGCUCAAAUGUAAACCUAAAGUUGGAUAUAUGAAGAAGCAGCCAGACAUCACUAACAGUAUGCGGGCCAUACUUGUGGACUGGCUAGUUGAAGUGGGAGAAGAAUAUAAACUCCAGAAUGAGACCCUGCAUUUGGCUGUGAACUACAUUGAUCGAUUCCUCUCAUCCAUGUCUGUGUUGAGAGGCAAGCUUCAGCUUGUAGGCACUGCUGCUAUGCUGCUGGCUUCAAAGUUUGAAGAAAUAUACCCCCCAGAAGUAGCAGAGUUCGUGUACAUUACAGAUGAUACCUAUACCAAGAAACAAGUGCUGAGAAUGGAGCACCUAGUUUUGAAAGUCCUUGCUUUUGACUUAGCUGCACCAACAGUAAAUCAGUUUCUUACCCAAUAUUUUCUGCAUCAGCAGCCUGCAAACUGCAAAGUUGAAAGUUUAGCAUUGUUUUUGGGAGAAUUAAGUUUGAUAGAUGCUGACCCAUACCUGAAGUAUUUGCCAUCACUUAUUGCUGGAGCUGCCUUUCACCUAGCACUCUACACAGUCACAGGACAAAGCUGGCCUGAAUCACUAGUACAAAAGACUGGAUAUACCCUGGAAAGUCUUAAGCCUUGCCUUAUGGACCUUCACCAGACCUACCUCAAAGCACCACAGCAUGCCCAACAGUCAAUAAGAGAAAAGUACAAGAACUCAAAGUAUCAUGGUGUUUCUCUCCUCAACCCACCAGAGACACUAAAUGUGUAAGAGUGAAAGACUGCUAAAAUGAAAAUUAUCCAAAGCCAAUGUUGUAUAGUUCUUAUCUUGGGUUUUGAUUUCACAAUUAUUUCUGAAUGUCAAUGUUACAGCCACACUCAAAUUAUGGUAAUCUCUUACUUUUAGUGGUUUUAAAUUUGUGUAUCUUUUGUACCUGUAUCUUAGAUAUUGGCUAAUUUUAAGUGUCUUUGUUAAGGUAUUAAUGAUACCAGCUGUCAGAAUAAUUAAGAAUAAACUGAUUGGAAAUCUUUAAGUCAAAGUUAAUUUGAGAUAAAAUUGUGACUUCAGUGUAUUAUUCAGUGGGGAGUAGGAAACCUUCCUCUAACGUUAAAAUAGUUCAGGGAAACAACUAGACCAACUUGUUGACUUGGUCAUAAAGUAAGCAAAGACUGAAACAUGCUAGUUUUUAGUGCAGUGGAGCAAGCUGCUGGGACGAUUAGCCUUUUACACAUGUGGCAGUAGCUUAUGGAAGUAAUUUUUAUGGAAAUCUUUCAUUCCUCAUCAACCUUUACAAAUUUAACAGAUUACAGAGCAAAUGGAAAGCAACAAAUCUAAAAAAAAAAAAAAAAAAACCAGGCAGCUUAUUCAAAAACUCAACCAUUAUUAUAACUGACUUUUGAAUAAAAAAUACCCAGAGUUGUUAAUACUGAAUAAAUAUACUUUAAUAGUUAUAUAUGAACAUACAACUUUUGGCCUUAAUUAAUAGUCCUCUUCUUUUUCUUCUUUUUCACUAGACUUUUACUUGGUGCUUUUUCUGGUUUUGCAUUGGUAGUCUGAGUUCUGUGGAUAAAGUGAAGUUAGUAGCUCACUACAUGCUUGCUAAACUUUGGAUCACUGAGGACAGGGUAAAGACAGAAUAGAUAGCUAAUGUGAUAAUAACAGGAUUAAGAUCAGAGCAAAACCAAAGGGCAGAUUUCCAAACGCCUAAGUAUAUGUAUGUAAAUACAUGUAUAUGUUUAAAAGAAACCAGAAACCUGUUACCUUGUUUUCUUUGGGUUCUUAUCUGGUUCCAAAAUGAUCAUUUCUUCUUCUUCACUGUCUGAGAGCACUAUAGGGGCACCUUUGAAAAAUGUCAAGAAAGUAGUGAGAGUCACUUCUUGAGAUUUAUACAUGACCCCUAGAAACCCUCCCCCAUAUGUAUAUAGAUAUUUUUCACUCUUUAAAGUAACUCCUUUCAAUAAAAAUUCUUUUGUUUCUGUAAACUUGUUUUUUGAGACAGGGUUUCAUGUAGCCCAGCUGGCCUGAAACUUGCUUUGUAACCCACAAUGACCUUGAACUUCUGAUUUCCGUGCCUCCUUACCCAAGUGCUGGGAUUACAGGCAUGUGUUAAUGUGCCCAGUGUCUGUAAACAAUACCUUAAAAGUUUCUUAAUUAUGUAUAUGUGUCAUAAAAGAAAACUGAGGUGUAAAAGUUUACAGAACUAAUUAGUAAAUGAUUUAAAAUAAAUACACCACUCAUUUGUGCUACUAAGGUAUACAAUACUAAAAUUCUCCAAGAAGCAAGCUAAUUGGACUGGAAAGACAGAGAAGACAAUUGUAGGCAAAUACUAUUUCAACUUACACUAUGCUCCAUAUAGCCUUGAAAAUGCUGGUGUUUUUAAUACUGCCCAGGGCAGUAGCCAAAAGGUGCUCUAUCAUUUUUCUGUUUCUUUUAUUACUAUCAGACUUGACUGAAAAAAAAAGUUAAGCCAUUUGUACUUUCUUUGUAAACUGCUUUUCCCAAACAUUAAUUAUAUGUGUAAAUAAAAGAUGUGAAUUAA